AACCAAACAAACAAACACAACCCUUUCUUACAAAAAAUGGAGUACUCUAAUGGAUUUCCUAGAAAAAGAGAUGUUUCUCUUCAGGAACUCAGCAAAAGGCUUGCUGAGUUUGCUCAAGUAAGAGGAUGGGAACAAUAUCACAGUCCCAGAAACCUUCUUUUAGCUCUUGUUGGAGAGGUGGGAGAGCUGUCUGAGAUAUUCCAGUGGAAAGGAGAGGUUGCAAAGGGGUUACCCAAUUGGAGUAGUGAUGAUAAGGAGCACUUAGAGGAAGAGCUUUCUGAUGUUUUGCUUUAUCUAGUGCGUCUUGCAGAUGUUUGUGGGCUAGAUCUUGGACAAGCAGCUCUGACAAAAAUACUCAAGAAUGCUAAGAAAUACCCAGUUACUACCACUGACCAUACCACCACUUCCAAUCGCAACUAGCAUCCUAUGUACUACCACUAGUAUGCUAUAUAAUGCUACCUACCCCUCAGAGAAAAAUAAUUGCAUCAUCGAAUAUCCGUGUAACUUUCUCUUCAUUUUAGCUUUCAAAACUGAGUCCAUUCCCAAGAAGAGUGAAUUAAACCUUUAGUUAAAGAAGCUAUAACUAUUUCAUAA